AUGAAGAGACACCGCAGCGACGGAGAUCAACCAGAGAUGCAAAAGAAGACAGUCGACGCCGGUGCAUCAGGAGUAGGAGGAGGAGGAGAAGGAAUCACCUGCGGGGGCUGCGGGACGCCGGUGUCGAUGGUACUCGAUGACGAUCAUCAUCACGUUCACAUGGAUCUGCAGGAGUUGCCCGAAGGAUGCAUAGCUAACGUCGUCUCCUUAACGACGCCUCGAGACGCGUGCAGGUUUGAGGAGGCUAGAGGAUUUGGUCGUGACGAUCCCUUGGAGGUCAAGGUAGGACUUUUUGGGGAAGAAGAGACUAGUAGUAAGCGCAUUGUGUUUCUGGGGAGACAGAACAUUACCGGGAGACCCAUGGAAAUCGAUGAAACUCAAUAUCCAAAGAAAAGGCCCGACGGCUGGCUGGAGGUGGAGAUUGGAGAGUUUUUCUGUUCAGGAGAAGAAGAUGGGGGGUUAAUGGAGAUGACAUGUAUGGAUGUUGACCUUCAUAGAAUGAAGAGAGGCCUUAUUGUUCAGGGGAUUGAAGUCAGGCCCAAAAGAGUGUAG